CUGUUUCCCUCUCUCCGGCUCCUUCACACACACACACACACACCCCCUUUCCCCUUCAAGAAGCCGGCUCCGGGGCGCGCUCACCCCUGUGAGGCGGCCAGAGGCCGGACACCGGAGGCGCUGUCUCCGCUCCCGUUAGAUCAUGUAUCAGCCCAGCCGGGGGGCGGCCCGGCGUCUCGGCCCCUGCCUCCGCACUUACCAGGCUCGCCCCCAGGGCGGCGCGUGGAAGGGCGAGGGGUCGCGGGGACUGGGAGGAGCGUACAGACGGGCGUCGCGUGCACGCGAUGUUGGUUCUCCCGGGUCUCGGGUGUGCAGGCGCCGUUGAAGCAGGGACGGCGAGGCGCGGCUGCAUUUCGCCGGCGUUUCCGCGGUUACCUGUGCAUGGAGGACCAGCUUUCUCCACGGACUCUACCAUUCCCACCCUUGUGGCCCCCCUCCACAACAGCCACUUUUCCAUCUUCUCUUCUCUGGUCUCCCCCACCCCCACACCCUCCGAUUUGGCUGCUUCCCCGGGCUCUCCCACUACAUCUUCCUCAGAUCCAGACCCGCAGCUCACCAUGGGUGGUUCUCCCUCCAGGAAAGGGAGAGGAGGGACCAGGACCUGAGAUGCAUAGUGGCUGCCUGGAUGGGCUUAGGAGCCUAUUUGAGGGACCUCCCUGCCCCUGUCCUGGGGCUUUGAUACCUUUCCAAGCCCCAGGAACCUCUCGCCCUUCCCCUGCCACUCCAUCAGGAGAUCCAAGUAUGGAGGAGCACCUGGCUGUCAUGUAUGAGAGACUGAGACAAGAGCUUCCCAAUCUCUUCCUUCACUCCCACGACUAUACUCUCUACUCAUCGGAUGUGGAAUUCAUCAAUGAGAUCCUGAACAUCCGUACCAAGGGCCGGACAUGGUACAUUCUGUCACUGACCCUCUGCCGCUUCCUAGCCUGGAACUAUUUUGCACAGCUUCGGUUGGAGGUUCUACAGCUGACCCGCCACCCAGAGAAUUGGACCCUGCAAGCUCGAUGGCGGCUUGUGGGGCUGCCCAUCCACAUGCUCUUUCUGCGUUUCUACAAGCGAGAUAAGGAAGAGCUUUAUCGGACCUAUGAUGCUUAUUCCACCUUCUACCUGAAUUCCAGUGGCCUCAUUUGUCGCCAUCGCCUAGACAAACUGAUGCCUUCACACUCAGCCCCAACGCCUGUGAAAAAGCUGCUAGUGGGAGCCCUGGUGACUCUGGGACUGUCAGAGCCAGAACCCAACUUACACCUGUGUUCGAAGACCUGAUCCAGGAACUGGGGUAAAGGCAGCACUGAAGACUGCUAUAUAUGCAAAAGAGGAAGGGGUGGAGGGGGCCUAGAAUCUCAGGAGCCAGCUUCCUCCCCUCUUUACUCUCCUUUUCUGCCAUCUCAUGCUGUGUAAAGCUGCUGUGUAAUUUAACUUGUAAAUAAUAAAGUCUAAGUGAAUAUAUGAGAA